GCGGGGCGAGCCCGGCCGGGCCGUGAGGGGACCCGGGGCAGUGAGGGAAUCCCGGGGCUCUGAGGGACCCCCGGGACCGUGAGGGACCCCCGGGCCGGGCUACACACGGGCCAUGGAGUCGUGGCAGCUCCGCUUCGAGACUCUGGAGGCUCUGCGCCUCUCCAGCAAGGGCCAGCUGAACUACUGCCGCCACUGGCAGGAGGAUGAGGGUGCCUUGGAAGGGUGUGUGGCUCCCAUUGAGCUCUCCCCGUACUGCGGCUGGGUCCUGGACAGCAUUAGUGGGCAGUCAGCCCCAGAAAUCACACCCUCCGGGACUUCUACGCCCAAACAAUCCACCCCGGUCUCAAAACGGGCAUCCGCGGAGAGGGUCCCGCCUGGCAGCCACCGGAGCUCUUCACCACCUUCAUCCACAGAGCCGAGUGAGACCAAGGGAAAUGAUCAUCUCAGUCCCCUGGAAACGGAUCAAGAAGUCUCUCCAGCAGUUCUGUCAUCCAAAGUUGCAAAAGUCGAAGGCUGCAUUCGAAUGUAUGAGGAGAUGCACAGGUUGAAAGCAAAGGAGAGGCUGAGGCAGAGGCAGGAGGAGCAGGAGCAGAUGGUGAGGGCAGCCUAUGCCCAGGCCAGCGAACAGCUGAAGCGCUUCGAUGAACUGCGGGAGCUGAAGCGGCAUCAGGAAUUCCAAGAGUUGCAAGAAGUAAUGGAGAAGAGCUCAAAGGAAGCUCAGGGGCAGCAAGAGAAGUUGAAGGAAGAACACCGACACAGAGCAAAGAUAUUGAACCUCAAACUGCGUGAGGCGGAGCAGCAGCGGCAGCGCCAGGAAGAGCUGGAGCGUUUGCGCAGGGAAGAGGGGCAGGAAAGAUUGCGUCGCCUUUAUUCCAUCCAGGAGGAGCUGCUGCAGCUCAACCAGCAGAUUGAUCCCAACUACAGGCACAAAGACUUGCCCAGAAUCGACCUGUCUGCCUACAGCAAUCGUGGCAACCAGAUCUGUGGGCUGGUGUCAGGGCUCAUCCGUACCACGAGUGAGAGAGGUUUCCCUACUCAAGCAGACGUGGCCAACACUGAGCGAGCCCUGCAGGAGAUGCGAGGGUUGAUAUCCAGCAUGCAGCAGGAAAUCACUGCGGCCCUGGAAGAAAAAAAGAGGAAAGAUGAAGAGGAAGAGAGACAAAAGCGGAAGGAAUUAGAGAAGAAAGAGCAGAUGAAGACUCAGACUCCUGUCCCUGCACAGCAGUCAGGGGGAAAGCAGCAGAAGGAAGGGCUUCAAGUUAAAACAGAAGAAAGUAUUAUGCAGUGGUACCAACAGCUUCAAGAUGCUGCUGAGCAGUGUGUUGCUUCUUUCAGUGAAAUUGGAAACUGCAAAGGCAACACUGAGGUGAAGAAGAUAAAAACAAACCUGCAGAAAGCAGCUACAAUCCCUGUGAGCCAGAUCUCCAGCAUAUCAGGCUCUAAGCUGAGAGAGGUGUUUGACAAGAUCAAUAACCUCCUGUCUGGGAAGGCUGUUCAGACUGAAGGGCAGACGGUGUCGGUGACUCAGCAUCCACAGGGGCUGGAGUUUGUUUAUUACAAACUUGCAGAGAAAUUUGUGAAACAUGGAGAAGGAGAAGUGUCUUUCCACCAUGAUUCAGCCUUCCCAAUUGCUGUGGUGCUCUCAGGAAUCUGGGAAUUACACCCUCGAGUCGGUGACAUCUUCUUAGCUCAUCUGCACAAAAAGUGCCCCUACGCUGUGCCAUUUUACCCUGCUCGGAAAGAGGGGACUUCCAUGGAAGAGUAUCAGAGGAUGCUUGGAUAUGAAGUUCAUGAUUCUAAGGUGGAAGAACAAGAUCAUUUUCUCAAAAGGAUGUCAGGAAUGAUUCGUCUCUACGCUGCCAUCAUUCAGCUCCGGUGGCCUUAUGGAAACAAGCAAGGGGCACAUCCUCAUGGUCUGAGCUACGGGUGGCGCUGGCUUGCACAGAUGUUGAAUCUGGAGCCUCUGGCAGAUGUGACAGCUAUGCUGCUCUUGGAUUUUCUGGAGGUGUGUGGCAGCGCUCUGGUGAAGCAGUAUGGCAUUCAGUUCUGGAAAACAAUGUUCUUCAUCCAGAAAUCCUAUAUCCCAAGAAUUGAAGCCGUGACCAGCGCUGGCCAGAUGGGCUGUUUAUCACGUUUGAAGAAUUUUGUGCAGAAAUGUCUACAGGAGAAGGAAAUUCCAGUACCAAAGGGCAUUCUGACACCUUCCUUUUGGAGAACAUAAAUGGGUCAACGUUUCUUGUAUGGGGGCCUCUGGACACAGUAUAGAAGACUGAGAAGAAAAUAUUUUAUCAACCUCCUAAUUUUUAAUUUGUGAAGAUUUAUGUUGCUGAAGAUUGAUUUGCUGUAGACUUGGAAGUCUUUCUAAGCAUUAGAUUUUUAUAAGUUCUUGUAUAAUAAAUUAUUGACAAUGAAAGACUUUUCCUUCAUAUGUUUAAACACGUGGAAGAUGCUUUAAAUACGGUGUCCUGAUGGCUCCUGGACUUAAAAAUUGCACUGUGCCUUUCUGUUCGUGGAAGUGAAAAUACCUCACAGUUUUGUGAACUCUGGCAAUAUACUGUUUCAAGUUAAAAAUGUUAUUUUUACCAGAUUGGGUUUUGCUUUUCCUAGAGGCACCGCAGUUUCAAGCUGUAGAAAACAGAAUUGAGGCCAUAUGAGAAGUUGAAUGUGAUUUUCUGUAUAGCUCUUGAAAUUUCUGAUAGAAGGUUGUAACACGUGCUUCGGAAUUCAGGCCUUUAAAACUGUAACCUUGGCUUUAAAACGGACUGAUAAAUAAGUUAAAUUUG